AUGUCUGACCUGACAAAAACAAAUCACCUGAUAAGCCUGUUUUUUAGGGCUUCUCAUGAUCUCAGGAGGCUCCAGUCCCUGCUUGCCAAAAACCGGCCCAGACAAGAGGUGGCAGCGCUGAGUCAGCGUAAAGCAUGCAGCGGUGGAGCCAGGAGAUCCAUAAAUCCUCCAAAAGACACCAGCAGACACAGGAGUGAGAGCGCCAUCAGCAGCGAAAACUCUGAACUGGAAAAAUUCAGCAUGACAUACAGAGACCAAAGAUGUUUCAGUAGCCACCCGCUGUCUCAACUGUUCUCUGGCAUCCUUACAUCUUUGGUCAACAACCGACUCUGCAGUGACUGGAUUGACCAUGCACCACCGGAGUCAGUCCUAAGAGUUCUCAUCUGCCUUCGAUUAUUGAUCAGAGAUCCCCAUCAUCAGAAACUCUUCCAUGAGCUCCAAGGCAUCAGUUUACUUGCCAGGUACAUGGAGUCUGUCACUGCCAUGUAUAUGUCAUGUGGAGAGAAGGCAUUUGCCACGCAGAAGCUGGUCACAAUGACCUACAUGUUUCAGAAGCUGUCUGCUGCUGAAAAUCAGAGGGUCUGGGUCAUCGAGAGCGGUGCUCAUAGGACCCUGGUGAAGCUGCUCUCAACAACAGAUAGCAGUGUGCUACUGGGAGCCCUGCUGGCACUCACCACUUUGGCUGAAAGCUCAGAGUGCAAAAAGGAGAUAGGGGAGUUGCCAAUAGUGGAGAGCCUCCUUGUCAUACUGCAGGAAUAUGAUCUACUAUCAAAGAGGAUGAGUGCUGAGCUGCUGAGGCUGCUGUCCCUGGUGCAGCAUGUGAGGGACCAGGUGAGGGAGCUGGAGGGCAUCCCGGUGCUGCUGAGCCUGCUGCACGGCCAGCACCUGAAGCUGCUGUGGAGCGUCACCUGGGUCCUGGUCCAGCUCUGCGAGGAUCCCGACACCAGGGCAGAGAUCCGGAGCUGGGGUGGAGUGCAGCAGCUCCUCCGGCUGCUCAACAGUGACAGGCAGUAUGUCUCUGACCACUACUCCAUCGAGACGCUCUCCAGUGCCAACGUAGCCGGUCGCAUCCAAAGAGAGCACAUGACGGAGCAGCUCAGCCCACAGGAGGAGGUGGACAACACUACGGCCCUGCAGUCAGCCUGCUGUACAGCUCUGACUGAGAUGAGUCUGGAUGACACAUCUGCUCACCACAUUGUGCAGGAAAAUGGCAUUUACAUAAUCACAAAGUUGAUUUUACCACAGAACUCUGGUGCGAAGAUUACUUCUUUACAGUGCUAUGUGUUCCGGACCCUCCGGUUUCUCUUCAGUGUGGAAAGAAACAGACAUCUGUUUAAGAGACUGUUUCCCACAGACCUCUUUGAGUUGUUUAUUGAUGUUGGACAUUAUGUGCGGGACCUCGCAGCCUAUGAGGGUCUGCAAACCAAGAUUUCACUCUACACUGAAGAGGCACUUGACAGUCUGAGAGAGAACAUUGAGGCCGUGGACCAGAACCGACCUCCCCUCAGAGUCAUCAACGGUUACUCCAUCCUGGACCAUCUGGGCACCGGGGCCUUUGGAAGUGUCUUUAAGGUCCGAAAGCAGAGCGGGCAGAACCUUCUAGCUCUGAAGGAGGUGAAUCUACACAACCCGGCAUUCGGCAAAGACAAGAAGUCCAGGGACAGUAAUGUGGAGAAGAUCAUCUCUGAGCUCACAAUCAUCAAAGAACAGAUGACUCACCCAAACAUUGUUAGAUAUUACAAGACGUUUUUGGAAGGCGACAAACUGUACAUCGUGAUGGAGCUGAUUGAGGGAGUGCCGCUGGCCGAACAGUUUAACUCUCUGAAGGAGAAACAACAGCGAUUUACUGAAGACAGGAUUUGGAAUAUGUUCAUACAGAUGUGUCUGGCGUUGAGGUACCUGCACAAAGAGAAGAGGAUCGUCCACCGUGACCUCAGUCCAAACAACAUCAUGCUGGGGGAGAAAGACAAAGUCACCAUCACUGACUUCGGUCUUGCUAAGCAGAAAGAAGAGAACAGCAAGCUGACGUCAGUGGUCGGCACCAUCCUUUACUCCUGUCCAGAGGUGGUGAAAAACGAGCCUUACGGAGAGAAAGCCGACAUCUGGGCUCUGGGCUGCAUCCUCUACCAGAUGGCCACUUUACAGCCUCCGUUUUACAGCAGCAACAUGCUGUCACUGGCCAGCAAGAUUGUCGAGGCUGUUUACGAGCCAGUCGAGGAGGGAUCUUUCUCAGAGAGAGUCACAGACAUGAUCAGAUGGUGUCUGAGUCCAGACGCAGAGCAGCGGCCGGACAUCGUGACCGUCAGCUCCAGGAUCUCUGACCUCAUGAUGAGGCUGAUGGACGGACUCUACACGUCCCACAAAGCGCUGGAGCGGAGAGCAGAGAGAGACCGGAAACGGGCGCAGAAGUACUUCCAUGAAAAGCACGAAAGCAGGACGAACUGCAGUCACUCCAAUCCGUCACAGGAACGGCUCUUCAUGAAGACUGGAUCUCAGGCUGCGUGCUCUUCGACCACCUGCAGCUCAAACCACAGCGAGCAGAGGAUCAGUGAUGCAUCAGAUGGGAGUGCUGAACCAUCAGACACUGCUGCCUCUACUGGUAAAUACUAUGCUUUGAUCAAAGGGUUAAAGUCCGGCGCCUGUGUUACACCUGAUCACGUUCUGGACAGUGAGGAUUUUGCUGCUACAAAGAUGAAACCAAGACCAGUGUCGGGGGUGAUCUGUGUCUCCCAGAAGAAGCUUCGACAGAUUGAUGAUCCCAUCCAGAGGCUCCUCAUGCAGCUGCACAAAAUCAUCUACAUCACACAACUCCCACCGGCUCCACACCACGACACCAGACGGCGCCUCGUUGAAAGAUUUAAAAAGUCCCUCUUCCACUCUGGCAGCGAUCCCUGCAGCCUGAAAGUGGAGCUCAGCAAGCUCCUCCAGGCCUCCACGGAGCUGAUGGAAUUAGGACCAACCAGUUCAGACUGGUGGCCGCUGGUGCAGCACUUCACAGGAGAGCGCCACGCUGCCGAUAGCACAGUUGACGGGAAUCUCAAAGACGGAGUUACGUAUCAGCAAAUGCAGGGAAUAAUUGAGGAAUUCCUGCAGGACAGCAGCUACUAUGAAGCAACACACAGCAGGUGA